AUAUAAUGGCACAUGUCAGGUGCUGUUCGCUUACAUUGUAUUUUGGAAAUCAUAUGAGAUGUGACACUUUUCAGCUUUAUGUGUUUAUUAACUCCUCUACUCACAAUAACUUACCAUUUGUACACAAAUCAGAAACGAACUAAGAUGUUCUCUUCUGUCAUUGCGUUGGCGCUUGCAGCACUAAUUGUCCCGGCUUAUGGACAAACAGCCGGUGGGGCAUGUAUGGACCUGGUAUUUGCCUUGGACACGAGCUGUUCCACAAGCAGCGACCAACAGAGGAAGGCUAAAGAAAUAAUGAUUGACAUUGUCAGCAGUGCCGAGAUUACUAUAGGUAUCAAUGACACGCGUGUUGCAGCAUUAACAUUCAACAAAGGCACACAACAUCAAUUUUACCUAGACAAAUACGAUAACAAAAAUGAUAUCACCAACGCUAUUGACUCUAUCCCAACCGCACCGGUGGGCUGUCGGACACACACGUUCAAUGCUCUGAAGAAGAUUGCAGAGGACUACUUGAGCCUCUUGGAGAACGGACAGAGGGCUGAGAGACCAGAUAUCGUUGUCCUUUUUACUGAUGGUGUGACAUACCCCAUUAAGAAACAACAUAAAACAUUGGAGUAUGCUCAAGCGCUAAAGGACAUGGGAGUUCUCGUCUUCAUUGUUGAAAUGAAUAACGAACGAAAUAAUGAUGGGCGACCUGAGUAUAAUGCCAUUGCCAGUCAACCACUCGCUGAUUACUUAAUUAUGAUGAACGAAGAUGUUCCAAAACGAUUCUUCGCAAAAGUACCCAGGCCGGAGGAGUGCUUACCGGAGGCACCACCAACAUGUGAUGUGAAACAAGAUAUCGUCAUGGUAAUGGACAAGAGCAAUAGUAUAGCAGAAGAGAAUUUGGAUACAAUUAUUGAUUUCUUUGUAAAGGUUGCAUCUUCGUUCGAAAUUACUCCAGAUACUACCAGAAUCUCUGCUAUUUCAUAUAAUAAACAAGUCCAAACCCAUUUCCUACUUGAUGGCCACAUGAAUAAACUUCACACUUUAAACUGGUUAUCUGAUAAACUCCGCACUGAACUAGAGUUGGGACAAAAGACAAGAACAGACAAAGCCCUCCUCAGAGCAACUGAAAUUCUUCAAACGUACGGACGAAAAGAGCCAGGUGUUGCUAAAACGAUCUUCAUUGCCACCGAUGGCACCACCUUCCCCGUAGACAAACAACCAAUGACUUUUAAGGCUGCCGAGGCCGCACAUGCCGCUGGUAUAAGUGUUUUCUUAGUCAAACUUCCAAACCUCAACGGGAAAAAUUCAACAGAGGAGUUUGAGGCAAUUGCUAGCAAGCCUCUCAAAACGCAUCUUUUCGAUGAGGUUGAGUCGUUCGACAAACUUGAAGGAAUUGUGAGGACACUUACAGGAUCAGUUUGUGCGGUUGCACAAAGUUUCAACAGACCAGAAUAAACGGCAAUGGGCAAUGGCGCUACACAUUAUGAAAUAUCCACAAAGAGGGAUGCAUACAGUAGGGCCUGACUGCAGCGAUAACAAUCACAUGAUAAACAGUGGACUGUGGCUAGCAUAGCAUAUAUGUUAUUUGUUUACUUUCCAAGGCAUUAAUAUAAAUGAUCCUUCAUAAUUUGCACCUAAGAGCUUCUUGAGUAUAGAUUAUAGAGGACUUGUUCUUGUCAUUUCAAACAGAAUUAUGUCUUGUUUACAUGUAUGUUCGUAUGGUGCUUCUAAUGUCGUUUACCGUUUAUCUUACAAUGCUUUCUGGUCUUUGAUGUCAUUUUAUGGAGAAAAAAACUGAGCCUGCCGCUUGAAUGAUAUAAAAUGCUUCAAAAACAGAAACCUGAGUUUUCCCUUCGUCAUGUGUGUAUGUUUAAUGUUGCAUAAUUUACAUGGAAAUAAAUUUGAAGUCAAAUUCUGAAAAUCUGUUACGCUUCUGUAUGACUCUGAAUAUUGUUGUAUGAAAUAAAAAUGUGGGAA